UCAUUAACACACUUGAGUGCUGAUGACUGUGCAUGAGUUGGGGUUUCUGAGCUUAGAUGGGUGGUAGCCAUAAGAGCUAUAUAAGAUGUCCACUAUGAUUUAGAGAUAUCUAGAGAGCAAGCCGUGUCUGCUUCAGAGCCUGAGUAUUUAGUUUAGUCUUGCACUGUGAGAGUGAGAGUGAGAGCAUGUCUGCUGCUGUGACUCUAGCGCUGCUGUUCUUCUUGUCUGUGGCACUGAACGAACAGGUGACCGAGGGAUGCAGAUGUUUACCGAGACACCCUCAACAGCAUUUCUGCGCGUCUGAUAUAGUGAUUCGAGCUAAGGUCAUUGGAAAGGUGAACAGCACUCUCCCUCGAUUAGAUGCAUACAGAAUCCAAACUAUUGAGAAAUUUAAGCCAUUAAACAUGAAGAGAAUUCAGGUCAUCUACACCUCUCAAACUUCAUGUGGCAUCAAUCUGCAAAACGACGAGUAUCUGCUGUCAGGACAUGUCCAGGGCGGCAGCCUCGUUCUUGAUUUAUGUGACCUUGUGAAGCCUUGGAACAAACUCUCCCGAGCUCAAAAGUUGUACCUCAGCAUGUAUCAGAGAGGCUGUGUCUGUGAGAUCUCGCCCUGUACUGGAGCAUCCUGUUUGAUCAAGAUGGUUCAGAAAAAAUGUCUGAUAAGAGCCAAGGAUUUAUUCAGUUUUGAUGAUGAAGAGGCUCUUCAGUCUAUUUGCCUGCCGGAAAGUGCCGGUUUCUGUAAAUGGCGAAAAAUUCGACAAUAACUACAAAUGCGCCUAAAAAUGAUGCCCUGAAGAACAAUUGCAUCAGCCAUUUGCAGUGUGCAUUUUUGCCCUUUGUUCUCCAGAAUGCUUAGAACAUUUUGAAAUAAAUUUAAACAAUUUAGUGAAGCUUUGCAAUGCAGUCAGCAAAUACAUACAAAACACUGUUUUCAUGGAGAUAUGCAAUCAACCAU